AUCGCCUCCGGGAAAGAUGCAUCCUCAGGUGCCGGAAUGGUAGUAUUACGCAAAGGUUGGAGCGGUACAUCAUCUGUUUGUUCACAAGAGGGUGUGCAUACCCCUUGUCUCAUCCAGCAUGAACAUGCCAUCGACCCAAGAAUGGCAACUCCAAAAGCUCAACGCUGCCACAUCCGAAUUACUUGAUGAAUUAGGCUCCGUGGCGACGGCCGCGUUCCAGGGCGACGAGUUGAGCAAGGUGCUAAUUGGCGGUGAUUGGAGCAAUCUUUACCCCCUCUUGCGAGCAACCAUCGGGGCUGAACGAAUCGUUGGCGAGCAUUGGAUCGCCACCAUUGACCAGAAAGUGGUGGGUUAUGCAGGCUGGUUUCCUCCUGGCCGAUUACUAAUGGACUCCCCCGACCAAGCUGAAGCUGGGUUCAAUGAAUUCGUUAAAAGCAUGCCCGCGGAGCUUGCUAGGUGGUGGAAAGAAUAUUUCCUGCCGAAGGGCGAUGAAGUGCCAACAAUUGCAUAUGGUAAAGACAAAAAGAAAAGCAUAUGGAACCUGCAAACGUUAUGUGUACUUCCGGAGUUACAAGGUCGCGGUAUUGGGCACUCAUUGCUUGAAGUGAAAGAGAAGGACAUCCUCGCCAAUAGCACUGUGUCAGAGAUGAGCGUUGAAUCUGCGACGCUGAAAACUACUGAACUUUACAAAUAUUGGGGCUUCGAGGAGAAGGGUAAAUUCCACUUCGAAAGCGACGUGGGUGAAUUCGAUCAAUGGUGUCUGUACAAGAAGCUGUAGGACAUCUACAAGUGACCGGGGUAAUUGAUAUCUAUGCACAUGCAUCUUGAAAUAUGACUAGUCUGUCUGUAUAUCAUAUCGAGAUCCCGCCAGUGGUCUUCCGGGGCGCGC